AUGCAUUACGUUCGCCGUAUUCCGCUGUUGGUUCGCUUUCCAUCGUUCUUUGGUAAUCAUGUCUGCGGACGACCGUUCUCGAAAGCGAUAGCCGACAGUCGUGUACCGGUUCUGCAGGAAGAAGACCUAGAGGAAACGUUCGUGAGGGGCAGUGGACCUGGCGGUCAGGCGGUGGCUAAAACGAACAACAAGGUCGUACUGACGCAUAAGCCAACCGGCAUUGUGGUACAAUGUCAUACCACUCGAUCGCUGUUCGAAAAUCGACGAGAGGCGCGCAAAGUGCUGAUCGGUAAGCUGGACCAGCUGUACAACGGGGAGCAAUCGGUGGCGGCACAACAGCAACGCAUUGAACAGAAGAAACGGACGGAAGCUACCCGACGCAAGCAAAAGUUACAGGCACAGAAAAAGGCGUGGAAAGAGCGUGAGUUUGGAGGAAGUGUUCCGGAAGAAAAGUGACGAGAAAACGACUGAUUCAUUUGUUUGUAGUUUGUAUUAAAUAAUCUUAAUAGUUACUUAA